AUUGUGCUCCCCCCUUUCAGAAUGGGAAAUUCCGCCGAUGCCGUAGCAAUGAGUAAAACAUCUUGCUGUUCUCACCGGAUUGCAACGAGGUACCUUUGGGGAUAACAGCGUGUUAUUUAUACUUUACUAAAAUCGCCUUCUUGGUGGGAAUUAAGAUAAGACGCCGUGAUUCUCGCAGCUUUAUGCAGUGUAUCAUAAACACAGCGAUAACCAAACAAAAGCUACGGGAGGGACGGCUCAGGUCCCCUACAGUGCCUCCGACGUUUUAUCUUUGGCAUAAAUACUGUGCAGUCGAAGACUCCCCACUACCUAAAUCCGCCAUUUUGCUCAUCAACAUUUUCUGAGCACAAAGAAACAUUUUGGUGGUUCCCUCUAGGUGUUUCGUCUUUGUUUGCGAGACCUGAUCCAUUCAUUGAGGAUGAAAGUAUUAGUGUUUCUAUCAUGUUUCCUAGGGUACCUCUGUAUCUCUCUGGGACAGGAGAAUAUCCCGACCGAUUGUGGGGUCUGUGAUCGCAGCGCCUGCCCCAACCAAGGGGAUAUGAUCUGCAAGGCUGGAAUUAAGCGCGACAGGUGUAACUGUUGUCAACAGUGUGCCCAGGCCGAGGGUCAGGUCUGUGAUCUGCCCAAAAAAGGGAACAAAUACCCCACAUGUGGUGACUACCUCACCUGUAAGCCGAGGGAAAAUGACAAAACGGUCGGUAUCUGUGUGUGUGACUACCAGAAUACACUGUGUGGUACUGAUGACGUCACAUACUCCAGUAUCUGUAAGCUUAGGGAGGCCCAGAUCCAAAAAGGUCAAGACCUGAAAGUCCAGAACUCCGGGCCAUGUAAAUCUGCUCCCCAUAUCCUGACUGGACCCGACAGCGUGACGAAUGUGACAGGAGACAAUGUGGUCCUCAUGUGUGAAGCUGUCGGUUUCCCGAUCCCACAUAUCGGCUGGCUGUUCCAGAGGACUGACGACGAGACCAGCAGUCUGCCUGGAGAUGACAUGUCGAUCUCAAUUAUAUCCCGUGGUGGCCCCGAAAAGUACCAGGUGACAGGAUGGCUCCAAGUAGAGGAGGCCAGCAAGCACCACGAGGGUUACUACAUAUGUGUGGCCCACAGCAAAAUGGGGUCUGACAAAAAGACCGGAAGGAUCAAGAUCCACGAGAAAAAGUUGAACCGCAUGGAGCGCAUUGAAGACGGCGAUCAGAUAUGAGCAAAUACGCCACAGUCUUUCAUGAUGAAUAUAAUUAGCUUUUUGCAAUAACUGUGUUUAAUGUUUUAGACAUGAAUAAUGUUGGAAUGAAUGCCACUAAUUGUUCUCUGUAAGUCUCUGUAAAACACGUGGUUUUUUGUGUUUCGGUGUACGUAUACUAGUUAGCAAUAUAAGGGUUAAUUCGAGAGAUUGUCAAGGAUUUUGUUUUAUGUUUAGAAUCAGCACCAUGAUGGCAUCGUUGGAGAUCCACGACAAUUUACAUUUUCGUUGCCACAUGUAACGAGGAUGUGUCAUUUGUCGUGAGUUUUCAAUGCUGAAUUUGCACUUUAUUUGUCUUUCUAGGAAAAUUUACUAGUAUAUAAUCUAUAUUCCAUAAUUCGAAUACUCAUAAUAUUUUUUGUUAAUACUAAAAUAUUUUAUCUUGUAUUUCUAUUCCUAUUAGAAUAUACGGACACUUUUUGUGAAUUUGAUUUCGUAGUUAAUCGGCUGUGAUUAAAUUUGGCUACAUGUUUGUUUUAUUUUAAUAUUCCUUUGACAUUUUGUAAUAAGUACAUGCAUUACUCUGUGAAUAUUUUAUUGUUUAUUUGAAAUUGUAGAUAUAAUUCUUAAUUUCUAUAAUGGCUAUAAUGGUGAAUAUUAAUUUUCUGAUGAAAAUUUAAAUUGAAUCUUAUGAAGCAAAAUGUUCUUUCAUUUUUUGGAAAUAUUAAAAACAAAAUAUCGAAUCAGACA